GAAAACCCAAAAGAACCCGAGCUUAUAAGGAAAAAUAUAAGCGCACACGCACGCGUGCGAAACAAAAUACCUAUACCGCCGAGCCGAGGCCCAUCGUCUCGUCCUCACCUCCCAUCCCCUCCCCUCCUCGCCGGAACCCUAGGCAGCAGGGAGGGCGGAUAGCCGCGGCGCGGGCGCACGGGCGGCGGCGGAGAUGAAUCCCCAGCGGAAGCGCAUCCCCAAGAUCGAGCCCUUCAAGCACCGGGUCGAGGUCGACCCCAAGUUCUUCGACAAGUCGUGGAAGAAGCUCGAUGACGCCAUCCGCGAGAUUUACAACCACAACGCCAGCGGCCUCUCCUUCGAGGAGCUCUACAGGACCGCAUAUAACAUGGUUCUUCACAAGCAUGGUGGGAGGCUCUACGAUAAAUUGGCAGAGAACUUGAAAGGACACCUUAGAGAAAUGGGCAAAUUAGUAGAGGCUGCCCAAGGUGGUUUGUUCUUGGAGGAGCUACAGAGAAGGUGGGCUGAUCAUAUCAAGGCAUUACAGAUGAUCAGAGAUAUUCUGAUGUAUAUGGAUAGAACAUUUAUUCCAUCUAGCAAAAAGACACCUGUCUUUGAACAUGGUCUAGAACUGUGGAGAGAUAUUGUUGUCCGCUCCCCCAAAAUUCAUGGGAGGUUGGUCGACACACUUCUGGAACUCAUUCAUAGAGAGAGGAUGGGUGAGAUGAUAAACAGAGGUUUGAUGAGGAACACAACCAAGAUGCUGAUGGAACUGGGGUCGUCUGUCUACCAGGAUGACUUUGAGAGGCCAUUCCUUGAGGUGUCUGCAAGUUUCUAUAGUGGUGAGUCGCAGCAGUGCAUCGAGCGUUGCGACUGUGGUGAGUACCUGAAGAAUGCCGAGAAGCGGCUUGCUGAGGAAUCUGAACGUGUUUCGCUGUAUAUGGACGCCAAAACUGCAGACAAGAUAGCUAAUGUUGUGGACAAAGAGAUGCUCUCGAUUCACAUGCAGAGGUUGUUUCUUAUGGAGAAUUCUGGUCUUGUGAAUAUGCUCAUUAAUGACAAGCAUGAAGACCUGACCAGGAUGUAUGACUUGUUUAAACGUGUCCCUGAUGGGCAUUCAACCAUUAGAUCUCUCAUGGCUUCUCAUGUCAAGGAGACUGGAAAGAUUUUGGUGACUGACCCAGAGAGAUUAAGGGACCCUGUUGAUUUCGUCCAGCGUCUUCUAAAUGAGAAGGACAAGUAUGAUGAGAUUGUCAGUGUUUCAUUCAGCAAUGAAAAGACUUUCCAGAAUGCUUUGAAUGCCUCAUUUGAGCAUUUCAUCAACUUAAACAACCGCUCCCCUGAGUUCAUAUCAUUGUAUGUUGAUGACAAGCUUCGGAAAGGUGUGAAAGGUGCUGCCAAUGAAGAGGAUAUUGAGACAGUUCUGGACAAGGUUAUGAUGCUGUUCAGGUACUUGCAGGAGAAAGAUGUUUUUGAGAAGUAUUACAAGCAGCACUUGGCAAAACGCCUUCUAUCUGGGAAAACUAGUUCUGAUGAAGCUGAGAGGAACAUGCUUGUGAAGCUCAAGACAGAAUGUGGCUACCAGUUCACGUCAAAGUUGGAAAGCAUGUUCACUGAUUUGAAGACGUCUCAGGAUACGAUGCAAAGUUUCUAUGCCAAUCUCUCUGGUGACAGUGAUGGCCCAACAAUAUCUGUCCAGAUUCUCACCACUGGAUCUUGGCCAACACAGCCAUGCGCUACCUGCAAUCUUCCACCUGAGAUCCUUGGUGUUUCUGAGCUGUUCCGUGCACAUUACCUGGGCACGCACAAUGGCAGGAGAUUGACAUGGCAGACAAAUAUGGGGAAUGCAGAUAUCAAGGCAACAUUUGGAGACCGCAAGCAUGAGCUGAAUGUCUCAACUUACCAGAUGUGUGUCCUGAUGCUGUUCAACUCAACAGAUACUUUGACCUACAAGGAAAUUGAGCAGAACACAGCCAUACCACCUGUUGAUCUGAAGCGCUGCCUCCAGUCUCUUGCCUGUGUGAAGGGCAAGAACGUGCUGCGGAAGGAGCCCAUGAGCAAGGACAUAUCCGACAGCGACGCUUUCCACUUCAAUGACAAGUUCAGCAGCAAGUUGGUGAAGGUGAAGAUUGGCACGGUGGUUGCACAGAAGGAGUCUGAGCCGGAGAAGCAGGAGACCCGCCACAGGGUCGAGGAGGACCGGAAGCCCCAGAUCGAGGCAGCCAUCGUGAGGAUCAUGAAGUCCAGGAGGGUCCUGGACCACAACAGCAUAGUGACGGAGGUGACGAAGCAGCUCCAGGCGCGCUUCCUGCCCAACCCGGUGGUGAUCAAGAAGAGGAUCGAGUCCCUGAUCGAGCGCGAGUUCCUGGAGAGGGACAAGGUAGAUAGGAAGCUCUACCGCUAUCUCGCGUAAUUAGAUUUUCUUUUGCUGUCGAAACAUUAGACGUCCAGUGUCCAUGAAUGAACAAGAAACAUGUCGUGUCGGUACCGUUGACUUGGAUCUUGGCUGUAGUUCUGCUGCAGAGUCGUGGUGGCUUGGAAACUUCCGGUCUGCCAUCUUUGGUACAUAAUAUAGAACCAUCUUAUAUCUCA